UCACCGGCUGAAGGACUGGGUAAAGCAACGGCUGUGACAGGCUGCUUGAUCACACAUUCGCCAACAUUUGACACACAUGAAGGCUCACACACCCUCAAUCAGCCUUCCAACAACAUGUGAAGUCUCCUCUAAAGCUUCACUGCGAUUUGAAAUCUACAGGCUCUGAUUUAUUUAUAUAACGGACUAGAUGGAAGUCAUUUUGGAUCAUCUUUAUUUGGGGAAGCUUUGCAGAUUUUUUCCUUUUAGUUUUUUUUUCCUGUAGUUUGCAGGAUUUCCUUUCAUUUACCAUCAGAACUCUGUAAGAGGAUUCCUACAGACGAAAGACUUGUGACAGCUACAUAAUCCAGCACCUGAACCUCAAGCAUCUUCUUGAUCCUGUGCUUUUGUGGGGUGACGCACCAUGAGUGGUUAUUAGUUAUAUUCAGCUGUUAUGCUGAAGCACCUAGAGAGCAUCUGCGUCUACCCUGCCUCUUUCAGCCCUCAGCGAAACAGAAGUAACAUGGAUGAGAGAGCCAAGCGGCUAGCGUUAGAGCGUCGGGCUUUUAUGAGCUUCAGAAAAGAAGAAAGUGGGCCAGAGGAGGUAAGCGGAGACCAAGGAACUGUGAGGAACAACUGUGGACAAGUUCUUCAGCUGAAGCUGCAACAAAGAAGAACCAAAGAAGCAUUAAUGAGCUGUGGGAUCAUGCCUCCACUUAAAAGCUCAGCUGCCUUCCCUGAGCAGAGACGGAGCUUGGAACGAGCAAAGAAUGAACAUUGCAAUAAAAGGAAGAACAGGUCCGGGUCAGAGAGUCCUGAGGCAAUCAGAAAGCACAUUUUGGAUGAGAAGUCUACAAAGAUACCACUUCAAGGCAAGCAGCUUCAGCAGAGGAAGGUUCGCCAUGCCGAUGAAUUAAGCAAUAGGAUUGCUCAACGACCGGGGCCCAUGGAGCUGAUUCACAAAAACAUCCUACCUGUAAACUCAUACUUUAAACAGCCCAUCACAGAGAGACGGUUUCCACACACCUCGAGGGUGGACUCAUCAUGUGAUGAGGACAGUAAUGACAGUCUGUCUCCACGUCAGUCAGAAAGCCGGGGGCAUUUGGUGGCUAUUGAACCUGCAUGCUCUUCAGCAGAGAAAAUGGCUGGGAACAACCUCUCAUCUCCAGCUAAGGUCCCUCCAUCAGCUCUUCCUUUUCAGCUCUCAGCCAUUCCUCUGAACUCCUCCAUGCAGAGAACUUGUGGGAACACUCAAGCUCAGCAGAAACUAAUCCCUGACCAUCUUACCCAGAAACAGAAGAAAACUAAGGACAACAAACCGAAGAUCAAGAAGCUAAAAUACCAUCAGUACAUUCCUCCUGACAAAAAAGGAGAAACAGAAACUCUUCCUAAUCUGGACUCAUCCUAUGCCAAGAUCCUCCAGCAGCAGCAGAUCUUCCUUCAGCUUCAGAUCCUCAGUCAGCAGCAGCAUCACACCCUCCUCUCUACAGAACCCAACAGGGAUCAGGAUCCACCUCCUUCCUCUUCUUCCAACUUGCCUUCCAAUUCCUCCUCAGCUCAACUCUCUUCUGCUCCUUCAACAGUCACCUCUAUUCAACACAUACACAGUUGUCCAAGUUCUGCUUAUUUAGGUGGGACAAAAGUUCUGUCACUGCAUCUAGAUCUGGAUGAAAUGAAGGUCGCAGAACUAAAGUGUGAAUUGAAGCUGCGCAGGUUGCCCGUCUCUGGUACCCGAAAGGAUCUCAUUGAGAGGUUGAGAAAAUACCAGAAACUCAGUAGAGGCAGACGCACUACCUCCUCUCCAACAGCAGGGGGAAUUAGAGAGCCAGAGCUGGAGAGGGCACCAGCAUCCCUAAAAACAGGUGGCAGUUUCAGUGCCAGUGAAACGUCUCCUCAACAGCUCUUGAGAUGUGAUGGAACCAUCAAACCCUUAACCCGACCCAGCAUGCUGAAUGGCGCAAUUCCAGAAGAGAUCAGUUUUAACUCUGACCCGCUGGGAGAACUGAUGAGUUCAUCUCUUACAAAUCUCAGUCUUCAGCCAUUCACCGAAGCUUCAUUCCCGGCUACCAUUAAACAGGAGCCCCAAUGCUCCAGCCCAACACCUUGUCACUUCCACUUAAAGUCUGCCUCUUUGCAGACACAUAGCCUUGUCUCUUCCGAUGCCCCCGCCACUACAGCUGCAGCCCCUCCUGUGACUACUGACAAAGACAGAAUGCUGCAGGAGAAAGAUAAGCAGAUUGCAAAGCUUACCAGGAUGCUGUGGCAUAAUCAGAGGCUGGUGGAGGAGCUGAAGAUGCAACUGAAAAAUAGUAACAGAGAAGUGCCAGAGGGACAAAUUCUUAGAAAAGUGAAAGAAGAACCUCCUGAGAAGCAGAAUGAGGCUUUUUCGACUAGUCUUCCACCAUUUGAUCCCAACAUAUCAAUUAUUUCACAUGAAAAGGAGGCUACAAAGGUAACCAUAAAAGAAGAAGCCAUGGAGACAGAGAUAGCAGCUGAGAUACUUGUGCAAUCACCAGAUAUGUUGCAGAAGUCCUCUACCAAAAGUCAGCAGACUCAGGAUCAGAUCAAUCUCAAACUCCGGCCAAAGCAGGGGACCUUCCAGAGGCAGGUCUGUCUCCAGGAUUCUGCUCGGCAGAUGGCUCAGCAACACACCCUCAAUAGGCUCCUUUUAAUGCAGCAACAAAACACUAAAAAGCAGCAACACAUGGUUCAGAGCCAUGAUAAGGUGCAAGAAACUCAACAACACCUCCAUCCACAAAAGAAAUCUCAAAAACUGCAGCUGCAGAUACAAAUGUCUCGAAAUGGGGAAAGUCACCCUGCACAGCUCCAGCAGACACAACUGAAGACAGAGGUUCUGCUGAGGAAACCAAAAAGGGUUGAAGAGCAGCAGUUUGAGAGGUGCUACAAAGAGACUAAAAGACUGCAACCCAUCCAGGUACAGGCCAAGAUGCAUCUACAACAGCAGGAUCCUUUAAAAAACAACUGCAGCCUAGCUCUGGUCAGUGACAGCAAAAGUAAACAUAUCCAGAUUCCUUUGACAAAUCACAUCUCUGGAGACCAGGGAAGUCACUCUGAAGGGAAGGCUUCAAAUCACACUUUACUGCAGAAUGAAGCACAUCAGGAAUCAGUGGAGCAACCAUUGCAGGAAGCAAUAUCAUCAGGUCUGCAAUGGAAGAAAUCCUCCUCCCCGUUCUAUCAGACUGAAAUGUUUCCUGGUCUGGAUGUCUUGCUGAGUCCACUGUCUCCAGAUUCUCUUCAAGCAGCAGCCUGGCAAUCUCCUGAUAAGCCCAAAAACAAUGAGGAUUUCAUCGACAUCAUCCUGCAGGACGGAGAAGCACCCAACACACUGAAAGUUUCCCAGGACAGUUUUGCUUCUUCAUCUUCUCCAUCACCUCUUCAGCUCCCACUGUCUCCACCCAACUCACCAAGUAGUGAUACCCAACAACCUGGCUCUCCCCAGCAACAUGAGCCUUGGACACCAGCCAAAACCACAGAUCAUAAACUACACUUAGGUCUGUCUGGUAAUGCACAACUAGAGGACUUUCUGGAAAGCAACACAGGGAAGUCCCUUCUAGGCGUGGAACCAGGAGGCCUACUAACCUUGAUUGAUGAUCUGCAUAGCCAAAUGCUAUACACUGCCAGCAUCCUGGACAUCCCCUCAGCUCCUAUGAGUUCUUUGGACAAGGCUAGUGACAGUGGACAGAGACUGGACAGUAAGGGGUGGCUUAGCUUCACUACACAAGGAGAGAGUGAAUGGGAAAGUCAGACGCUGACCCCACUAGUUCCCCAAAUACCCCCAAGUGUUUUCUCAGGAGAAUUCAUAGAUAGUUCUGACCUUCAUAUUGACUGGGACUCCUGAACGCCUGUUGAGCUGUCAGAAAACUGUUUGUUAUGCAACAAAACCAACUCAUGAACGCCACAAAAUGCAAUUAGUACCCGAAGUUUAAGUUUGAACUUCCCCUUGUUGGCCCGACAUUUUUUGGGAAAGGUUGAAAUGCCAUAUCAAACUGCUAUUUAAGAUGCUUAAUGUUAAGCCUACAGGCAUUUUCUUUAUAUUUGUUAGAAGUACGCAUGGGUGGGUUACCGGUUUACAGUGUAUUCCAAUAUAAAAAAAAAUCACGAUUUUAAAACUGCUUUUCCUGCAGUAUAGGUGUUUUUGAUUGUUAAACCCUCCAACAGCAAAAGCAAUCAGAUUCCUUACCUUGAAUGUAGCAGCUGCUGCAGCAUUAUGCCUACUCCCUCUACCGCACCCCUGUAGCUGCUAGCUCUGCUCUGCUUAUAGAUUAAUGGUGAGGGAGGCGAGCACCCUGAACUUGUAUCCCCACCUAAAAGUCGGCUGUAUGGGAACAUUUCGACUACCUAAAGAGGGCAGGCUUGGAGGAAGAAGGUAUUGCUCUACUUGAAAGCUGAAAGUCAUGCUUUAAGACAAUGGCAGUCAGAGAAGAUUAUACUGUAUCUACUGGAGCAUUACCAGUUGCCAUAUGUUAAAUUUAAAGGUUACGUUUUUAAACAAGCAAGUGUCAGGCAUUAGUUUGCCACAUAUACCGUUGUCUUACUGAGGUCGAAAGCUUGAACGAUGAACUUGUCACAGUUUUUACAGCUGGAGCUUUUUAAGAGUGGUUUCUUUUUCUUUUUUUUUUUUAAUCCUUUGUAAGUGAAAUGAGAAAGCACCAAUUGUCUCCAAAGCUUUAGCUGGGCAUUUUGUGUACACCUUUCAUUUUUGUUGCCUCUUUGUAGAUGUAAUGACUUAUAUAUCUAUCUAUUUUAAACACCACUUAUGAAUCUAAUAAAAACACCCAUAAUUAACUUUCUUAACCAACUUGCAAACACGAGUUAAGUACAAAACAACUAUGAAUGUGCAUGCUAAAGCAGGGUGACAUCCUGCAAGUGGGUGAAAUGCCUGCAUGACACCUGUGGUCUAAAAUGCGCUUCAACACACAACUUAAGUUAACUAUUAAUAUAUCAUCAUGCUUAAGCUUUUUGUUUCUUAAGUAAUUUACCAUUAUUGGUAAAAUACCAUUAUUUGGAAAUGUAAACAUAAUAUUGUGAUACUGUGAAACUGAAAUUUUCACUCAUACCUUUAGAAUUUCAUACAGCCAAUGCCUAGUCAUAAAUUAACCUUAUGCCCAAAGCAUUGUAUCCUAAAUAAUAUUUACUAUUUACAUAUUUACACUACAAAAUGUCUUCAUGCCACCAAAUGGAUAUUACACGAUUCCACCUAGCAGUAGAGGUACAAUUGGUUUAACAUUUGAUUCUAAAAAUUUGUCCUGUUUAAACACCAGAUUAAGGUCCCAUCAAUUUUUAGAUAAAGAAUCAUGUGAAUAGUCAAAUUGGGCUGUUUGGGGUUAAUCAAGAAUAUAGUAGAUGAAGUGUGGGUUGUGUGGCUAUGGCUUUUACUUUCAUUUGUGGUGAAGUGCUUACACCUCUAGAUUGCACAUAAACAGAUUGAUGGGAGACAGAAAGGGUUGAGUUUUGCAGUUAAGCUGAAAUGCAAACUGUAUUUUUUAAGCCAUGGUAUUGCAUUUAGUAAUUUUUAAGUUAUGGUAUUGCAUUUAGAGAUGUUAAGCAGAAGGAACAUGUACCAAAUUAUCUUUAAAACAUAAAAAAAAUAUCAUUUUUUGUGGUUGAUUUUUUUAGGAGGCUGAAAUUAGGAUUCACAGUGCUCUGUGCAUUCUCUCAUGCUGCUAAACCAUUUGUGGAGUUACAAAAUCCUCCCAUGUGCAUACAGUAGGAAUAUUAGGCAAAUUGUUGAGAAAAAUCAGAAUGCAGAUGUAAUAUCUGUGGCAUGGCCAGGAAAAUAGUAGGAAAGGCCUUAGUGUGCGGGGAAAUGAUGAAGGUUGUCCAGAUUUCUGCAACCUUCCCUAUUGGUACUCUGGAUCCGUCCAAAGGGAGACCUUAUGUGAUAUAUCACAUAUUGAUUACUUUUGUUUGACUCCCUUAAUUGUUGGACUGUUUGGUUGAGUUUGUUAAAAUGCUUUGUACCUUCCCGAGUUUUACCUACACCCUUUACUGUCUCACAUAAUACAAAUAUCUUUCUUUUUUAGUACAGCAAACCCCAAUGUGGUAGGACAAGACUUAUAUGAAGACUUUUGUUUUGCCUUUCAUUUUUUUCUGAGUGAAAUGUUAGCUUUGUAUCUGUCCUAGUAUCUGAUAACAUUUUGCUGUCAUCAUUUGUUUAACCCUUGAUAUGUGGCUAUCAUAAGUUCAUUAUGCAGCUUGAAUGUUAUAUUUAUAUUCCUUAUUUGUACACUGAAAAUAUAAUAAAUGCCCUAGACUUUAAA